UUUUGACGGACUUGACACACUGUAGUUGACAGUUGUGUAAUAUUUUCCAGAAAUUUUUCAAAGUAUAUCAAAUCAAAUCAAAAUAUUGCAGAAAUGUCUCAAGUAACCAAGUUAACUACGGGCCUGACGGGCCUGGUCGUAUCGAAAAAUCCUCAUCAUACUUUAGGCAUUUUGUACAACAAAAUUAUGCGGACGCUCCAGAACAUGCCCGAAGGUGCUGCGUACAGGAAGCACACGGAGAGCGUAAUCAAGGAAAGAACGGCGAUAUUGAAAUCCACGACCGAUGUGGCGAGUAUCGAGAAAAAAAUCGGCUGCGGACAAAUCGAGGAAGUGAUCAUGCAAGCGGAAAACGAACUAAUAUUGGCCAGAAAAAUGAUGGCCUGGAAGCCCUGGGAGCCUUUGAUGAAGGAGGCGCCGCCGAACCAAUGGUCCUGGCCACCGGUCCAAUCUCGUUCUUAAAUUAAUUCAUUUCUUAACUUAGUAAUUGUUUAUAGUUAUUUAAUAAAUAUUAGUUAUAUAAAAGUCAA